AACUAUAACAAAAGCACGUUACAAACCGGGAGUGUCGGAUUAAUUAUUAUUAUUAAUUUAGUUAGAUCAGUUGGAUGUGGCUGUGGUAACAAGAGUGAAGAGGAGUUCAGGACUCAGCCAAUCGCAGGGCUCAGAGUGGGUCACGUGCUCUCUCCGCCUCAGCGCGUGGGUCUCGAUAGCAACAGCAACGGUCUGACUGCCUCAGUUCAGUUCAACGGCAACAUGUUCAACAGACUCCAGUUCGACGAAGACCCUUUCUUUUCCUCCUCAAGCGACCUGUUCCAGGUGCAUCAUGAGCGCAUGCGGCAGAUGAUGAGGGGUUUCUCUGACCCCUUCGGCCAGGGCUUCAUGCCCAGCAUCACAGACAGGGGCGCGGGUCAACCUAACACCAACCGAAACACUCGCACUGGCCACGAGCUGGAUUUCUUUGGCAAUCCUUUCUCUAUGAUAGACAGCAUGAGGAACAGGAUGGAGGCGAUGCACAGAAACUUUGAAAACAUGGCGUCAGACUCCAACAGCCACUCGUUUUCUUCCUCCUCUGUCAUGACGUACUCUAAAAUGGGAAACGAGGCCCCGAAAGUGUUCCAGGCCUCAUCUCAGACCCGCUGCGCUCCCGGAGGACUAAAGGAGACCAGGAAGUGUCUGAAGGACUCGGCGAGUGGACAAGAAAAGAUGUCCAUUGGCCAUCACAUUCAGGACAGAGGCCACGUCAUCGAGAGGAAAGAGAACAGGAAAACCGGGGAGAAAGAACUCAACCAGGACUUCCAGAACAUGGAUGAAACGGAGGCCCAGUCCUUUGAUGAGGAAUGGCAGCGUGAGGUGUCCAGAUUCCAUGUGUCUGCGCCCAUGUCCCGCCUGGAAGCCCCGAGACAUCGAGCCGUACACCGAGCAGCCAUCACAGGACCACAGGAGACACACAGAAAUGCCAAACCCCGUUACCAAGAGCUCAACGUUAAAGGCUCCAGCGUGAAGAAGCACUAAAGCUCAUUCGCUGCCGCUUCAACUGCAGUGUCCUCAUGUCUGCCAUUGACUUUCCGACGCCUGGUUCACACUGCAAACUAGUGCUGCGCUCUAGACAGAAGUUAUUUCUAGGUUUUGUUUCUUAUAAUGACCAUAUGUUUUAAAAUGGUUGUCCGUAGUGGAAGCAUUAAGCGUUAGACCUGGUGUUUGUUUAAUGGUACAUAAUCCGCUGGUGAAGUCGUGACUUGUUGAAUACUGUACCAUUUCAUCUGUUCACUCUGCUGCCAUGUUUGCAACUCCUCUGGGCAACAAGACCAACUCGUAUCCACUUCAAUGGGAAAAUCCUGAAAUCUGAACAACUGCUGCCAAAUUCACAUUAGAAUAACAUUUCAAAUCAGCAAAAAGAUUGACCCCUGUGACCUGUACCCUCUGGGCUCACGGCCCGCCGGACAGCAAUGCUUUAAUAACUACUGUCUGCACAUCUGAGAUCUCGUCAUGAUUUGUUUGAUUUUGGGAUUUGAAGGUGCGUUUGGACCCGGAAAUGAUGCGGUGUGAUGUUUCAGAACAGAGUUGGGAGCCGGUGCUGUAAUGCACUUAUUGAUGUUGUCAGUGUGUUUAUUCUCACCAUAAGCCCUCUAAAAAACUUCCUCUGUAAACAUUUUUAUAAAAAACUAAAUUGCAUUAAAGUAGACUUUUAUAUAAAUGUU